UUUAUUAACAGUGAAAUAGAGUGGCGUUUGGAGGUAACCACAGUACUGUUGAAGAGUUGUUGCAGUUCAUUUUACACAAGGCCUUGGUGUUUUCGAAUGCCCAGGGAAUUAUUGGUUGUCUUGACGAGGGUAAGCGUAGCACUGUGGAUAGUUAGAGAGGUUGGAUUCAACAGCCUAAUUCGUGGUUUAAGCUGAAUUCGGAUGGUGCGUUUUUAUGUGAAUCUGGAUAUGCUUCUGGUGGUGGCGUAAUUAGAGAUGACAAUAGUAAUUAGGUUGGGGGUUUCAUGAUGAAUUUGGGUAAGUGUCAUAUAAACGUGGCUGAAACCUUGGCUGUAUUGGUAGGUUUAAGGUUAGCUUCGGACUUAGUUAUUCGGAGAUUGCUAGUUGAUUGCGAUAAUUUGAGCGUUGUUCAUUUUGUGCUGAAAAUUAAAAAACCUCCGGUUAGUAUUCGUUCUCUGCUGCAUCAGAUUCAUGAGAUGUUGGAUAGAGAGUGGUUGGUGAGAGUUUCCCAUAUUUACAGAGAAUCUAAUUUUAGUGCUGAUUGGAUGGCUAAGGAAGCUCACUCUUUGCCAAUGGGUGUGCACGGAUUCAGGUCUCCUCCCUCGGGUUCGCUGAAGUGGCUUUCUCAUGAUAGUGUUGGUGUUGUUCAUUCUCGAGCUUGUGCUGUGUAGUUGUGGUUUGUAGCUCUUUCUUUAGUUUACCAGAAAAAAAAAAAAAAACUUAAUUGUAAUUUACUCUGGUCUGUGAGAUUAAUGACUUUGUUUGAUUGGUUGAAGGAUCAAUACAAGGAAUUGGGAUUGGAGAUCUUGGCCCUGCAAAUUUCGGAUAUUGUGUUUCAUCAAUGGGGGUAUCAUCUGACAAUUUUCAUGGACUUGUUUUGGCCAUUUCGUCGAGCAUUUUUAUUGGUUCUAGCUUUAUUGUAAAAAAGAAAGGUCUCAAAAAGGCUGGGGCAACUGGAACUAGAGCAGGCAUGGGAGGGCAUUCAUACUUGUAUGAACCAUGGUGGUGGGCUGGGAUGAUAUCUAUGAUUGUUGGGGAAGCAGCUAAUUUUGCAGCUUAUGCAUUUGCACCUGCAAUUCUUGUCACACCCUUGGGAGCUUUGAGUAUUAUUUUCAGUGCCGUGCUUGCCCAUUUUAUUCUGAAGGAGAAAUUGCAUAUCUUUGGUGUGCUUGGCUGUGUUCUUUGUGUGGUGGGCUCUACAAGUAUUGUUUUGCAUGCUCCACAGGAAAGAGCUAUGGAAUCAGUUAAGGAAGUGUGGCACCUUGCUACGGAGCCAGGUUUUCUCGUCUACACUGGCCUAGUACUAAUUGCUGUUGCUGUACUCAUUUUCCGAUAUGUACCACGCUAUGGGCAAACCCAUAUGGUUGUUUAUGUUGGAAUUUGCUCUCUCAUGGGCUCUCUUACGGUAAUGGGCGUAAAAGCAGUGGGAAUUGCUUUAAAACUCACUUUUUCUGGACUGAAUCAAUUUAUCUACUUCCAGACAUGGCUGUUUACUAUAAUAGUGGUUUUUUGCUGUCUUUUGCAGGUGAACUACUUGAACAAGGCAUUGGACACCUUCAAUACAGCAGUUAUAUCUCCAGUUUACUAUGUCAUGUUUACAACCUUCACCAUCCUUGCCAGCAUGAUCAUGUUUAAGGAAUGGGACUCACAAGAAGCAUCACAGAUUGUAACUGAAUUGUGUGGUUUUGUCACAAUCCUGUCUGGUACCUUUCUCCUUCACAGAACAAAGGAUAUGGGAGGCCGUCCAAGUCCAUCAGGGGAAGCUCCUGUCUUUACAAAUACGAAUUCUUCAUCAGGGGAAUCUCCAGCUUUUACAAACACAAAUUCCCACGUGGGCAUGAAUUCUGAACAGCAGCACAUAUCAUAGUUUUAAGCAAUGCAAGAGACAAUAUUGAACAGUUACAUUGAAAGAUCUUGUCACCAAGCAUAUGGAGGAGAAAACAUUUUCUUAGCUGAUGGAUACACAUAUGCUUGAUGAUUAGAAAGCCAAGAUGGAAAAAUUAUAUUGAAAAAUAAAGAGAUGGGGAUUUGCAAUGCGAAAUGAUAUGUGUUUGGAUUCUGAUAUACUUGGUGACAUUUUCUUUCUCACUUUUCUUGAGAAAACAAGAGUUGUGUGUGAAUAUGUUGGGAAAGAUGAUGACUGUUUUGUGAGGCAGCUGUUUUUACAAGGACUAGUGCCAGAUCAGUUGAUUCUUGAAUCUGUGAAAGAAUUGCACUUAUUUGUGCUUUUUUUUGAGUUGACUCAAAACCUUUUCCUUGUUCUCUCUUUAUUUAUUAUUGAAGUUUACUGUAAUAAGCAAUCUGUCAUCAUAUUAUAACAAUUUUAAUUCCUAUAUAUGAAGAAAAACUUCACCCAUGACUGUUUAAAAGAAAGGGAAAGAAUUGAAAUGCUUCUAGA